GCGCCAGGCUCGCGCGGAGCGGAGAUGAGUGUAUAAAUACCAGAGUGCCUCUUCUCUCCGCUAUACCAGACCUGACACAUAACCUAAUUGUCCCUGUCACAUCUCCCGUGUGUCCUCACCAAGACCGCACUUCCUGAAGGAGUCGACUAGACAACGGUUGGUUUAUUCUACAGGUUGGUGCGUCUCUCGAUCUCCGUGGAGUUUAUAAGCUAACUACUAAACCUUUUGGGGAUUGAAAAACAACUCCAGCUCGCCGCGCGCCUCUCUUUUACUCUUCGCUGGGCUCUUACUCUAGUGGCAAAGCCAAAGCCACCGGUGUAUCGGUAGUCUAGCCUGCUAAUAGGAAUACAACAGACUGUUUUGGGUCGUUGUGGACUGUACAUGCUGCAGAAAGGAGCGGCCAGUGCCAGCUGUGGCUGUAAGGACCAGAGGUGUUUGUUUUCAAGGUGCGCCUUUUUGCGGUUCGUUCUAGCUCAUCACCUCCCGGUGCCAUUCAUCAGUGUCAAAAUAAAUCGGGCUACAAAAUAUACAUGUAUCACUAUAUGUAAUUAAUGCAAUCUACACAAUGCCAUCCUUAUAGACUUUGACGGUGCAUGACAGCAACAAUGGUACGGUGUCUGUGCGUUAACGACCUUAUCAUGAACCAACACGUUUCACCGGGCAAGCAAGCACAACUCGCGCAAGUGGUAGCAUUGUUAAAACCACAAAUUCUAUUUAUAGGGCUGGUUCGUGCAUGAUGUUGUAUAAUACGAUACUGUGCAGCAAGGGUAGCCUAUGUUGUGUAUAUUCACGCGCUCCGUUCGCAUGUGCCACUGUAUCUUGCGCUCGCUUCUCGUAACGUGCGCGCCCAGUUUCGCUGCCCGAGGGGGCAUCAAGUGCACAGUCAUCAGUCGCUCUUGUAAAAGAUGCAUAGCUAGCAGAGAUGACGAUGAUGAUGAUAUCAAAUCUCAGGAAAGGAAUGACCACGACCGGAUUUCAAGGCCAUAAUUGACAAGAGCCCUGCAUGAGAAAGAGAGAUAGAGACAGAGAGGGAGGGACGUUUGGAAGUAACAGAGGUCCACAUUAGAGCCACAGAACAGGGAUUGAAGGAACACCUAUUGGAACCAUGUAAUCAGUACUGGGAAUGUCAAAGCAUCUCAGAGAAACAGAUACCUGGGUUUGACUGACAGCCAGAGAUUGACAAACUAAUUGGUAUAUUCAGAAUGUACUGUAGGUUUCCACACAUAACUCAUAACCAAGGAGAAGAGAGAGAAAGAAAGGAGAGGAUAGUGAGAGAAGAAGGGAGGGGAGGAGAGAAAGGAAAGUAAAGAGAAUAGUGGAGAGAGAAAGAAGAGGGGAGGAAAGGAGAAUGGAGAAGAGAAAAGGAGGACAAGAGAGGAGAUGAGAUGAAAGGAGAAGAGAAGAAAGGACAAAUGAAGAGAGGACAGAUGAUGAGAGGAGAGGAGGAGAAAGGACGGAUGAAGAGAAGAUAGGAGAGGAGAAGAGAGGGAUGAACCAGAGUCGUGAGAAGAAACCAGGAAUACAGCAGGAAGACUGUGGGAACAAGAGUGGAUCCAGCCCGCUUGACUGUGAUGACAAGCCUUUCAUUUCCAUGUUGAGACUAGUCUGAUUUCCUGGCUGUGGAACUGACUGGCAUCUUCUUCUGGUUGACAGCAUCGGACUAACAGGACCAGCUGCCCUGUGGCAUUGUGGGACUGAGAACACCAAUAUUGAUGAGGGGCCAGUUUAGUCCCAACCUCCCCUCUGUAUGCAGGUGCCUUUGGCCUCAUUCCUCCUGUGAGCCCCUGCUAACCCACAUUAAGCCCUACGAAGUGCACACUCUGAAGUGCACACUCUGGAGAAAACUUCUCUUCUGCCAGUAAUCCAUACUUCUCAUUGAGAUAUGAAGAUGUGUGUCCCACUACUGAUGGCUGUGCUGCCUAUCAUACAGGCAGUGUGUCCAGACAGGGAGCCCGGCCUGCAGCCAUGGACCCCCGGCCACAGUGAAGCCCACCAUGUUACCAUUGGUUACGGCAGAAAGGUCAUCCUCACCUCUUCAGCUACUGUCCACUCCAUAGAGAUCCUCAACGGAGGAAAGUUAGUGAUAGCAGACUCGUAUCGUCCCAUCCUACUGCGUACCAAACACAUUCUGAUCGGCAACAGAGGACAGCUGCACAUAGGAAGUCCUGACUGCCCGUAUAAGGGCAACCUUACCAUCUCCUUAUUUGGAAGGUCUGACGACACAGACACAGAGCACAGUUACUUUGGCCGUAAGUACAUUGGUGUGGGGACAGGAGGGACACUGGAGAUCCAUGGGGAGAAGAAGCUGUCGUGGACCUUUCUCAACAAGACUCUGCACCCAGGGGAGAGCGAGGACAACAGCUACCUGUUCGAGAGGGGCUGGGGCAACCGGGGUAUCAUAGUUCACGUCAUUGACGCCAAGACUGGAGAAGUGCUCCACAAUGAUAGGUUUGACACAUACCGCAGUAAAGAAGAGAGUCGUCGCUUGGCCCAGUAUGUAGAUGUGGUAGACAAUGGGAUGAUUCUGGCCAUGGUGGUCAACGACGAGGGGUCUAACAACCUAGAGGACUCGGCCAGGAAGAUCCUCACCAAGCUGGGGAGUAAAGACUUCCACCGCCUGGGCUUCCGUCAUUCCUGGAGUUUCAUUGCGUUGAAAGGCAACUCGUCCUCUGCAGUGGAGGAUCAUGCUAUCUAUCAAGGGACCAAAGCCUCCUCGGAAGCUCGUAGUUCACGCAUGUUCCAGUCAGAAUACGGAGAGCACUUCACCAUCACCACCUCCAGCCAAUGGGUGCAAGAGGCAGAGUGGACUGAGUGGUUUGACCGAGAUGAUGAGAGAGGAUCAGGAGACUGGGAGAAGCUGUCUGACCUCCACAAGGCUUACCCUGACCGCCUCUGUAGUACCCCCAUGGAUAUACAGGCUGAGUCCCAUGAUGGUGUGCCAUCUAACGAGACAGGAGAUGUCAUCUAUAAGUCUGACAGGGACUACGGCUUCGUCUGUCUCAACAAGGACCAGAGCCACGGCCUCUGCCACAACUACCGAGUACGCUUCCUCUGCGGUAAACUAGUGCGUCCCCAGGCCUCCAUCUCUAUAGAGCGUCUGUCCAACAGCACUGUCCUGGAGUUAGCUGAGCCAGCUGAAGGCUGGGGCCCAGGAGACAGACUGGUGGUGGCCAGUACUGACUACUCUAUGCACCAGGCUGAGGAGUUCACCAUACUACCCUGCCCUGCCUGUGGGCCCACACAGGUUAAAGUCCAAGGUAAGCCAGUGUUCCUCCACAUGGGUGAGGAGGUGGAUGGGGUGGACAUGAGGGCAGAGGUCGGCCUGCUGAGUCGCAACAUCCUGGUGCGCGGCGAGAUGGAACCGCGUUGCUACGGCAACGAGGCCUGCAAGUUCUUCGCCUUCGACACUUUUGGGGGACACGUGAAGGUGGAGCGUGGCUUUAAGUCUGUGCAGGUGUCUGGUGUAGAGCUGCAGCACAUGGGUCAACAGUCUAUGGGUCACUACCCUGUCCACUUCCAUAUGAACGGAGACGUGGACCAGAAGGGAGGCUACGAUCCCCCCACCUCCGUCAGCGAUCUGUCCAUCCACCAUACCUUCUCCCGCUGUGUCACUGUGCACGGCUCUAACGGCCUACUGGUAAAGGACGUGGUGGGCUAUGAUGCUCUGGGACACUGUUUCUUCACUGAGGACGGUCCUGAGGAGAGGAACACUUUUGACCACUGCCUGGGGCUGAUGAUCAGAGCUGGUACCCUGCUGCCCUCCGACAGGGACAGCAAGAUGUGUCGCGAUAUCACACAGGGAGCCUUCCCCGGAUAUGUGGCCAACCCACGACAAGACUGCAGCGCUACGUCCACCUUUUGGAUUGCCAACCCCAAUAACAACCUCAUCAACUGUGCAGCAGCAGGCUCAGAGGAGACAGGUUUCUGGUUCCUCUUCCACCAUGUGCCUACGGGAGCCUCUGAGGGCAUGUAUUCUCCUGGUCGCACCGAACACACACCUAUGGGCCAGUUCACCAACAAUAGGGCCCACUCCAACUACAGGGUAAGAGUGUGUGUGAGUCUUGUUAGAUAAUAACAGCAAACAUCCAAUAGAAUAAAGGAAGUCAUAUUAACCAACCAGAUAUAAGCUGACUGCUCUUCCAUGUGUGUUAACCCAGUGUGUGAAGGUUA